UCAUGAGGGUUUAGGGUUUUUUGAGGGGAUUGCGAUGCCGCUGGGGCAGCGCGCCGGCGAUAACAGCGAGUCCCGCUACGCCGGCUGUGAGAUCCUACGCCACACGGAUGACAUCGAGGAGGCGCUAUCGUCUAGCCUCUCGGCUGGAUUCGACUUCAUCGUUCUUCCUCUGACUAAUCCGGAGUAUAGGCCCAGUAAGAAUGCGGGCUUGGUUCCACCGUUUUGUGGAUCGGACCUGGUGUUUAGCUCGACGCAGUGGAGCAGCCAUGUCGUUGGACGAGUAAGUGACUGGAUUGAAUUGGAUGGUGAUGACGACGUUGCUCGUCUGGAUUCGGAGCUUGUGUUGAGGAAGGAGCUUAGCUGGGCUGGGCAUCUCUCUGUACAGGCGUGUUUACUUCCAACUCCAAAGGCAUUUGGCUGUGCAAACUAUGCGCGCUGCGUCAAUCAGGUUCUCCAAGGCCUGGGGAACAUGCAGCUAUGGCUUAGAUUGCCAUUGCAAACUCCGGAAAUGGAGGAGGCAGAGGCAACUGAUACUGAAGAUGCUGCAUAUCUGAAGAGGGAUCCAAUAUCAAACCGCUUGCUCAAUGAUUCGUGGGAAUGGUGGCAUAUGUUUCGUACACUUUGCGAGUAUCAUAACCAGCUGGGCGUCGCGCUCGACAUCACAGCAUCACUCCCUCCGGCGAGCGCCAUCAAACGCUGGAUUGGAGAACCGUUAAAGGCUGCUAUCCUCCAUACAAGUGCCUUCUUGACGAACAAACGAGGAUAUCCUUGCCUGUCAAAGCGUCACCAGAGUCUGAUUACAAUGCUGUUUAAUCACUCAGUGCAGGUUAUUUUGUCCGGUGAGUCAUUUCAUUCAGUUGGUGCGCUUGAGUAUGCGGCAGAAAAUGGAGAGCUUGGGCAAGACAAUGGAAACUCUCAGGAUCCUUUAAUACUUUAUCGCGAUUAUGUUGCGAACCUCUAUCGCAAGCUCGACCCAUUGACUACACAGGAACAAUUCGAGUUAGGAUACCGAGAUUUCCUGCAAGCGCCACUACAGCCGUUGAUGGAUAAUUUGGAGGCGCAAACCUACGAGACCUUUGAAAAAGAUGCCACGAAAUAUGAUCAAUAUCAAAACGCUGUACGGGCAGCCUUAGUAGAUCGGGUGUCUGAUGCAGAGGCAUCUACCAAAACUAUUGUAAGUAUGAUGGUCAGUGUUUCUGGGAUAAUGACUUUUAAGUUUCAGGUGCUUAUGGUGGUUGGCGCUGGAAGAGGACCUCUUGUGCGAGCUUCGCUCAAGGCUGCUGAAGAAUGUGGAAGAAAUCUACGUGUCUAUGCGGUUGAAAAGAAUCCCAACGCUGUUGUUACGCUUUCGAGGCUUAUCAAGAUGGAGGGAUGGGAAGAUCUAGUAGAACUCGUUUCUUGCGACAUGAGGCACUGGGAUGCUCCCGAGCAAGCAGAUAUUUUGGUUAGUGAGCUCUUGGGAUCAUUUGGAGAUAACGAGCUCUCUCCGGAGUGCUUGGACGGCGCUCAACGGUUUUUGAAGAAAGAUGGAAUUUCUAUUCCCUCAUCAUACACAAGCUAUAUAGGUCCCGUUACGGCAUCAAAGUUGUACAAUGACGUCAAAUCUUACAAUGACCUUUCGCAUUUUGAGACGGCUUAUGUUGUAAAGCUGCACAAUGCGGCUCCUUUGGCUGCCCCUCAACCUGUUUUUACAUUUGUACACCCAACGGACAACACUGACAACAGGAGAUACAAGCGGCACGUUUUUAACUUCUCACCGGAUACAGGAUCAGCUCUAGUUCACGGAUUCGGAGGCUACUUUGACGCUGUUUUGUACAAGGAUAUUCACCUCGGCAUUGAACCAUCUACAGCAACACCAAACAUGUUCAGCUGGUUUUCUAUAUUCUUUCCUCUCCGCACACCAAUAUACGUUCCUGCCGGUGCUUUGUUGGAGCUCCACUUUUGGCGCUGUGUUGCUCCUACCAAAGUGUGGUAUGAGUGGAGCGUUACAUCUCCUACCGUCUCUCCUCUUCACAAUCCCAAUGGUCGAUCUUACUGGGUCGGUUUGUAGCUUGGGGAGUUUUCAUUUUGGCAACUUGUGCCUCUAGUAUUCUUUCAAAAGCAAGCCCCCUCGUGAUCCUUUGCGGCGAAGGUACCCCAUCUUGACAGACCUCUCAAAGUCCCAGUGGAGAUUAUCGUUUUUCAAGCACCAGAAUGACCAUCCGAGCGACGCUCCAGCACCAAAAACUUCGAGCUGGGCAGUGGCAUAGGCAGUGUAGUCCGAGCUCGAGGCACCAGUUACGUUCAGCUCGUUUGUCCAUUCACCUUCCAAGGAAAAAAAAAAGAAAAAUCAGAUCUCUUCUUCCAUGUAAAACGAUCUUCUUACCAACAAAGAUGACCGGCCCCCC